CCUACCCCUACCAAAGGCCCCAGCCUCAUUUUCCCAUAUGUUGCCUUCUCUGGCCCACAGGGUCUCCCAGUCUCCUUUUAGGGGGAGAGACUAGGAAGGGGUUCACAGGUUGGGUGAGGCGCGAUGGGGCCUCCUUCAGGCCAAGGCAGGUGAAUCCUGGGGGGGGGGCAGUGGGCAGCAGGCCCAUCCUUGGGUUUUGGAACCUUUGGCAACAGACUGGGGGAGGGCAGAAGGGCUUGAAUGCCUUCCCAGCUCACAAACUUGGCCUGAGCCCCUCCCCAUGCCAAGAACUGACCCUCACUUGGCAGACUCUACUCUAGAGUCUUGCUGGAAAUGGAAGAAGCCCUCUGGCUCAGAGCCCCCAUCCCCACCACCCCAGGCCUCUCAGGAGGCCCCCAGUGACCAACACUCUGGUUCUGCUCCCCACGAAACUCCAGUUGCUCCCCUUUCAGACUAAGCAUGGUGUCCAGGUAGCGCCCCACAUGAAGGCAGCAGCUCCUGCCCUCCCACUGAUGGAGAGGGGACAGAACCUUCUGGAGGAGGCAGUUAGAGGUCCAGGCCCUAUGUCUCCCCAGGCCCUGCUGCACCUGCAGACCUUCUCCACUCCUGCCCCUCACCCACGGGCCCCCUCUGGCCAGGCCAGCUCAGGGGAGACUGGCCCCUCCCCUGGAGGGGUUCCCAGAUACCCAGGUGCCCUCUGCCCUUUCCCCGUGCCCCAGGUCAUGCUGGUGGGGGACUCAGGCGUGGGGAAGACCUGCCUGCUCGUGCGCUUCAAGGAUGGGGCUUUCUUGGCGGGGACCUUUAUCUCCACCGUGGGCAUCGACUUCCGGGUGGAGGGCAGGAGGUGGUCAGAGGAGAACCAGGAGGUGGGCCUGAGGACAGAGCCUGACCAGAGGAGGCGUGGGGUGGUGGACUCAGGGGUACACCGGAGCUCUUCACCUCAGAACAAAGUUGUGGACGUGGAUGGCAUGAAGGUGAAGCUGCAGAUCUGGGACACGGCUGGCCAGGAGAGGUUCCGCAGCGUCACCCACGCCUACUACCGUGACGCCCACGCACUGCUGCUGCUGUAUGACGUCACCAACAAGGCCUCUUUCGACAGCAUCCAGGCCUGGCUGAUGGAGAUCCAGGAGCACGCCCAGGAUGAUGUGGUUCUCAUGCUGCUGGGGAACAAGGUGGACUCUGCCCAGGAACGUGCGGUGAAGCGGGAGGACGCGGAGAAGCUGGCCAAGGACUACGGGCUGCCGUUCAUGGAGACCAGCGCCAAGACGGGCCUCAAUGUGGACUUGGCCUUCACGGCCAUAGCCAAGGAGCUGAAACAGCGCUGCACCAAGGCCCCCAGCGAGCCCCGCUUCCGGCUGCAUGACUACAUCAAGAAGGAAGGUCGGGGGGCUUCCUGCUGCAGACCCUGAGCCUGCAGGGCCUGGCCACCAGGCGUCCUCCCGGAAGACUGGACAGCCUAGAGCAGUCAGUCCCAGGCUGAGCCUCGCCCACCCCUCAUCUGGGCAGCGAUCCAGAGCCGUGGUCCCAACAAACGGGCUGCACAAAGCCAGAGAGUCUGCAGUUCUUCACCUGCUGCUGCCCGAGGGCCUUGCCCCAAGGCAACCAUCUUCUGUACAGGAGGGGCACCGAAGGGUAGACUGCUGGGCGCCUGGUCCUCUAGCCACAGGGCUCUGCCGCCUCCAUCCCCCCAUGGGCACCCCGAACUUUCAGGGGGGGCUGCAGCACCCACACCACAUGUAUAGUGCCUAACUGCCUAGAAAGCCAUGUUUUCAGCUGCACUUGCUGCCCAGGAAGGAAGGGGCAGGAUCCUGCCCACACCCGGGGCAGAGGGCUCCACCACCAAUCCCACCCUGCACUGUACCCCAAGGACCACAACUGCCGGCUGCCAGCCCCCCCAAUGGAAGGCCCCGGUUCCACAUCAACAGGGUCUUUCAGAUUCCCCUGGAGGAUGCCAAGGCUAUGGCUUUGUAACGCAGUGUUCAGCCCAUGGGAAGUCAAGGAAAUGUCAGGGAAACCAGGCCCACCAGCCUUGCCUGGGGACCAGGGUACCGUUUCAGCAGGCUGACACGCAGCCUGGGCUCAGUGAGGUCGUCACAGGGGUGGGCAGGGCACUCCACCUUGUACUAAAGAAAAAACUCCAAGUCAGUCUUUUGACCAAAAGCUUUUGUUUCCGGUCCUGGUGAAUAAAGUUUGUUUUCUGGA